GCCAAGUAAAAGAUCAAUCUAUUUGGAAAAGAAGGACUUAGUAAUGAAAGAAUAUGUGAAAUAAGAACCGGUUUAUUUAAAUGAGAAAGAAUAAGCGUAGUAGAACUUCGGACUAUUUAGAUGGAAAAAGUCAAGUUUGGCCAGGGAAGUAACAUUGUAUUUCAAUGUGUAUAUGUUAUGUGCUUGUAUAGGUCACGCGCCAUUGUUUGCCUGAUUUAUCUGAUAUGUCCAGUCCGUCUGAUUUGCUUCUGCGGCUAUCUGUUAUUGACGCAUGUGCAGAGAUGCUUGUGAGUAAGCAGAAUGUGUUGUCUGCCGGUGUGGUUUUUGCAGAGAAGUCGUACUUCUUCAGUAGCAUCUAUUUGGGUAUGGUGAAUAACGUAAACAAAACAACAAGGGAUCGGUAUCUCGAGGCCAACAUGCGUGCAUCAGUUGGUUGCAGGUUCUGGCAUUUCCCGAUAUGCCACAAAUCACACUGGACCUUAGUUGUUUAUGACACAGAAGUUGGCAGUUGGAAGCAUUACAAUUCAAUUAGGCCGCGACCCGGGUCGGAAGACACACACUACAACGAGGCAUUGUUGCUGAAAGGAAAUGUGGUUAACUUUGUACGAGAAAAGCAGCUUUCAAGCAGUGGUGCAGACGUGGUGUUAGCGCAGGAUCGGGAUUGUUUGCUGGAAGUAGUAACUGACUCCCCACAACAGCGAUUGGAUUCGCCUGAUUGCGCUAUCAUCGUCUGUUAUGUUAUGCGGCAAUAUGUCCAUCACAACGGGAUCAAGAAAACAAUGGAAGGUACGAACUGCGUGAAAGCACGGGCGACGAUGGUGGAAGCGUUUGUGGAU